AUGGUCAGCUCACCUUCUUCGUACAUCCUCGACCCAAAUUGCCAUCUUGUUGGUGGCUUUGCCCUAUACUCAUGGUUUGGAAAUGCCGAUCCGUCUCUUGUUGGAGACUGGGUUUUCACACUAGGAGGUUAUCAUCAGCAAUACAAAGUUCCACCUCAGUACCCCAACCCACCUCGCCUUGGUAUCAGCUGGCAGUUCAAUGACGAUAUCUCCAUAUCCGGCUUAUCUUAUUUUGCUAUAACGCCCAAGGUCUGCAUGGGAGGUGGCCGACUUGAUGUUACCCUCACAUUGGGGCCCUUGUCAGCUUUCCUCGAUUCCUAUAUAGACUUUCUCAUCAACUUCAAGCCAUUCCACUUCAUCGCCGAAGGAGGCAUCUCAGUGGGUGUACGCUAUACACUCGAUAUUUGGCUUGUGACCUUGAACAACAGUGUAGAAAUCGCAUGCCAACUUUUUAUCGAGGGUCCGCCCAUUCACGGUACUGUUCACGUAAACUUCUGGGUGUUUGGCUUCGAUAUCGGUUUCGGACCACAGAGCAACCCGUACCCCGCGCUGACCCUGGAUGAGUUUAUCGAACUUUUUUGCUCACUUUCUCAGCCACUGCAAAGUGCCGUCACAACCAUUACCGCUCAGACACCUAUCAAUGCUUGGGGCAAUGACCCAACUCCUGUUGAGAACGGCGACUUGCACGUCUUCUCCGUCACCAAUGGUCUUGUACCCGGGGGCACCAGUACCUCACAGCCUAGUGGUGGCGUGUGGCAAAGAUUACGAAAAGUCUACCCAAUGGGCUUUGGGGAACCUUAUUCAGAUGAUCCAGCAGCAGAUCCAUCAACCAAUCGCAAUGAUAAAGACCUCCUGGGCGGCACAAAAGAUGGCACAACUUCCUUUAUGACUGGUGUGAACAUUUCUUAUCCUGACUUGCAAUUAUCGAUCGGGGACACUACAAAGCCAUUCAACUACAUCAAAAUGGCUGUUGAGAAUGCGGAUACAGUAGAAUUCCCAGACCCCGUGCAAACAAUACCCACCUUUCAACCAGCUGAGCCAGACACAAGUGGGAACCAAUGGAAAGAUAUUGCUGACAAAUGGGAAGCACCCAGUGGGAGAGCGUCCUCCAUUGAGUUUGUUAAUCUAUGGAAACAAAUUGGAGAGAGCCUGUUGGGUUGGGAUCAUGAGAUGGUAUCAAGGGACGGGGGGGAUAAUGUGUUGACUGGUCAAGCACCUACCCGGGAUCUACCGAAGUAG